GGAGCGGCCGCGGCGGCGCCAUUUUGCGGCGGUGCGGGAGGCGCGGGCGGGAGGUGGCUGUGGUGGUAGUGCCGGUAAUAGCGGCAGUAGCGGUAACGGUGGCGAUAACAGCGGCCGUGGGUGUUGCUGCUGCUAAUCGGGACUAGCGUCCCCCGUUCGCCCCAGCCCCCUUGGCCAGGACUCUGCCGACAUGAGCGACGUGGAGGAGAACAACUUCGAGGGGAGGGAGUCUCGCUCCCAGUCAAAGUCUCCAGCUGGGAGUCCUGCUCGUGUAAAAUCAGAGAGCAGGUCAGGAUCUCGCAGUCCAUCGAGGGCUUCCAAACAUUCUGAAUCGCACUCUAGGUCAAGAUCAAAAUCAAGAUCCAGGUCCAGAAGACAUUCGCACAGACGUUACACUCGUUCCAGAUCCCAUUCUCAUUCCCAUAGGAGACGUUCUCGAAGCAGAUCAUACACACCAGAAUACCGCCGUCGCAGGAGCCGUAGUCAUUCUCCAAUGUCCAACAGAAGAAGGCACACUGGCAGCAGAGCUAAUCCAGAUCCAAAUACCUGUCUUGGAGUGUUUGGUCUCAGUUUGUACACUACUGAGAGAGAUUUACGUGAAGUCUUCUCCCGUUACGGACCUUUGACUGGUGUCAAUGUGGUUUAUGAUCAACGGACUGGACGAUCAAGAGGAUUUGCUUUUGUUUAUUUUGAAAGAAUUGAUGACUCUAAAGAGGCGAUGGAGCAUGCAAAUGGAAUGGAGCUGGAUGGCAGGAGGAUUCGAGUGGAUUAUUCAAUCACCAAAAGAGCACAUACACCCACCCCAGGCAUCUACAUGGGCAGGCCAACACACAGUGGAGGAGGUGGUGGUGGUGGAGCGGGUCGUCGCCGGGAUUCAUAUUAUGAUAGGGGGUAUGACAGAGGAUAUGACAGAUAUGAAGAAUAUGACUACAGAUACAGGAGACGAUCACCAUCGCCUUAUUAUAGUCGAUACCGAUCGCGAUCAAGAUCCCGUUCCUAUAGUCCAAGGCGCUACUGAAGAUCAGAAGAGUUACAGUUGAGGACUUGAUUUUUAAAUACAAAGUUCAGAUCUUUAGAAUCCCUACUGCUUUCCCUUCCAUCUUCCCUUUCUUGUCCUCCUUCCAGCUCUUUCACAAGUCUUUGGUUCAUUUAGAAUAUACAUAUUUUCAGUUGAAGUAUUCCUAUUUUCCAUCCCUUCUUAUUGUAAUACUCUUAAAUAUUGUAAUUGUUGUAGUUUUUGUGUAGUAAGACAUCUUGAGAAAAAUAUAGAGAACCCCAAAGUGCUGAUACAUUUUGGAAGUCAUUCCUAUUUUAUUUCUAAAACAGUUGGACUCCUGACUAAUCAGAAGAGAGCAUUGAUAUUUUUAAAGCUUGCAUGUCAUAUGUAGUAUACACACUCGGAUACUUUAACAUAAACCUGCAUUUCCAAGUAACUUGUUAAUCUUUCUGUUAAAAUGUUUACCUAUUACUUUGAUAAACAAGUAAUGACUUCGAGUCUUUUCUGUAAUGAUAAAUUUGCUUAGAUAGUCAUGAACCAGAUUAUUUUUUAAUUUUUUUUUUUGUCAAGUAGUUGCUUUGAAAGUAGACUAUUUGAGCUAGAUCAGAGUUUGGUAUUUGACUGACUGGGAGAAUAUUUCCUUGUACACUCAAAAUUAAGGCUGUGUGUUUUCUAUAAAAAAGUUUCUGGAUUGCUACACAGUGGAUAACAGUUGAAAUUAAAACUGUUAAAUUCCUGGGGUCUUUGUGGUACUUCAUUGAAUAUUUCCCCUUAAUUGGUGCAGGAGAAAAAAUAUUUAUUGAACAUAGCAAUUAGUUAUAUAAUUUGCUGUUCAUGAAAGAAAAAAUGGCCAACUUUUUGGUAUUGAAAUAAUGAUGGAGCAAGUUUUGUUUCCAGUCCGUUUUGAACUUUUGGAAGUAUGAAUGGAAAAACCUACAGCUAUAUGUAAACCUUUUUUCCCCCUCAAUAAAAGUUAAGUCCACUGAUAA